UUCGCAAUGUCAAACCCUUCAAACGGGCAGCAGCAGGAGGGGGAAACCCCUGCUGCAACAGCAGCAUCUGCUGCAGGCGAAGCAGCAGCAGCAGCAGCAGGAGGAGCAGCAGGAGGAGCAGCAGGAGGAGCAGCAGGAGCAGCAGGAGGAGCAGCAGGAAAAUGUGUACAUAUAUCCUUUAAGGUAUCAGGAGGACAACAUUUUACUCUUGAUGUACAAGAAGAUUGGAGUGUACGUACACUCAAAGAAAAAUGCCAAGAAAAAACACAAAUACCUGUUGCUGCACAAAGGCUUAUUUAUAAAGGGAGAAUAUUGAAGGAUGACGAUUCAAUUAGUUCUCAUGGAUUAAAGGAUGGACAUAUUAUGCAUUUAGUCAAGAGUGUUGCUGCAGCAGCAAGCAGCACCCAGCAGCAGCAGCAGCAGCAGCAGCAACAGCAGCAACAGCCGCAGCAGCAGCAAAAUACAGCAUCCUCAACUCCUGCUGCUUCUACCACUGGCACAACUCCAGGUGUAGGGGGUAUGGAUCCAUUCCUGCAGUCGAUGCUAUCUGGAGGUCUAGGUGGCGGGAUGGGUGCCUCAAUGGGGAAUUCUAUGGGGGCCCCCAUGGGGGGCCCCAUGGGGGGCCCCAUGGGGUUCGGUAUGGGGGGCCCCGAGAUGAUGCAAAUGAUGCAGAGCCCUUUUUUUCAGCAAGCAAUGGAGUCAUUGAUGCAAAACCCUCAAAUGUUUCGUAGUAUAGUAGAGAGUGUACCUGCAUUAAGACCUAUGCUGCCUAUGAUGCAAGGCAUCCUUGACAACCCUGAACGCAUGCGUGCCAUGUUCAACCCUCAGAUGAUGCAGGCCUCUAUGCAGAUGCAUCAGGCGAUGCAGCAGAUGCGUCAGCAGCAAUCAGGGGGUACAAAUACAACAGAGGGUGGUGCAGCCUCUGGGGGGGCCCCCUCAGGGGGCCCCAUGGGUCCUGCUGCAUUCUUACAAGCAAUGCAGAAUGCAGCAGCAGGAGGUGGUGGGGCCUCGGGGGCCCCCGGUGCAACUGGGGGGGCCCCUGGUGGUUCCUCUGCAGGUGGGGGUACAACAGGAACAACAACAACGACAACAACAGGGGGUACAACAGGAGGAGCAGCAGGGGGGGCCCCCCCAAACCCUUUUGGUGCGGGGGGCCCCUCUCUUGCUGCUAUGAUGCAGCAAGCAGAAGAAAUGAUGAGAACAAACCCUGAAUUAAUGUCACAAAUGAUGCAGACAUUCAUGGGUGGGGGGGCCCCUACAGCAGGUACAGCAGCAACAGGGGGGGCCCCUGGUGCUGCAGCAAACCCUUUUAGUGCCCUUGGAUCCUUUGAUGGUCUAGGGGGUAUGGGGGCCCCCUUCUCUAUGCCUGUGGCAGAUACGAGGCCCCCAGAGGAGAGGUUCGCUUCCCAGCUACAGUCCUUAACAGAUAUGGGGUUUAUAGACAGAGAGGCGAACAUUGCUGCCCUGCAGGAAUCAGACGGAGACGUCAAUGCAGCAAUUACUCGCUUAUUGGAGAGGGGUUUAGGGAAUUAG